UUGGAGGGGCAUUAACAAUGCGGUAGUGGCGAAGCUACCAUUACUACGAAUCUAAAAUCAUAUAACCGUUGACAGCUUUAAUUAAAUAUAUUAUACUUCACAUAUAUCAUACCUUUUUUUCAAAAGAAAAUAGAAAUAAUAACGAUUUUAUUUAUAUUAGAUAUUUAUUAAAAUUCCAAUAUAUUUUACGAGAAAUUUCGUUGAACCAUGCUGUAUUAAUGAUUAAAAUAUAGCGGCAAAUUUAUAUGUAUAUAUAUAUAUAUAUAUAUAUUGUGAAAUUAAUAAGUAUUAUUGAUAAUAUCAUUUUAUAGAUAUUUUAAAGGAAAUUUUUUUUUAUAAAUUAUAUCAAUAAUUUUUUAUUGUUUUAAAAUUGUAUUUAUAGUAAAUAUACAUAUAAGAGAUUGAUCAAUGCGCCAUCUGUAAACGAGCGGGAAAGAAAAGUGUUUGAAGGCCGCCGGCCUGCCGGCCGGGCCGAGUAACUCGGGUCUCGAGCGAAUCAGUGUGCGAGUCUCUGCCAUUUGCGCGUCGGUACGCGGCUACGCGGCAGUAGUGAUACCAGAAUUCUACGUCUGCUUACCGGUGCGUAGAAAACGCAAGCCUUAUUAAGUGCGUUUUGUAUCUAAGUGCUUUAUCGAUCACACGAUUAAAUUAAUCAACAUGGCGGAUACAGAAACUAAAGACACCAAAGUUGCUACAACUCCAGAAAAGAAAGUAGUAGAAGAAGAAAAAAAAACAGUUCAAGAAGUUGACGAAGAUUCAAAAACAUCUGAAAAUGGAGAUGCCAAAGAAACCAAAGAAAAUGGCUCAAAUGAAGAAAAAGAGUCAGAAAAUAAAGAAGUAGAAUCAGCAGAAAAUGGGGAUUCUACAGAUGCAUCUGUUGAUAGCUGUUGUAUAAAAAGGAAAUCAACAACUUUAAGUGAAACUACAGAGGAUACUGCCACUGAUGGUGCCAGUCCUGAAAAGAAAAAAAAACUUGAUGAAAAAUGUGCUGAAACAGAAACCAAUGGAGAUGCUGAAGCUACGGCCUAAUGUUUUUUUAUGUUCUAUUGCAGAUUUAAUCUAUAGAUAAUUUUAACAGCUAAUUGACAAGUCAGGACAUUUAAAAUUUAUUAUCCAUGCAUCGUCAUGAUAGACGAGCAUUAAAAACAAAAAGUUUAAUAUUGUAUUAAUGACUUUUGUGUUCAGACAUUUAUGUGUGUUUAUUGCGACCAUUUUUAUGAUUUUAAUUGGCAAUCGUAUAUAUCUACAUCAUCAUAAAUUACCAUCUUAGAUUAUUACCAUUCAUGUUUCCUAUGUUUUCCACAUUGAUGUCCGUACAUAACACAUAUACACUGUGCUAAAUUUACAAAAAGAAAAACAUACAGAUAAUCUUAUAAAUAAUAUAUUUCUGAUACAUAAAAAUAGAUGAUGUGUGAUAUGGUGCUCGAAAAAGAUAUUUAUGGGAAGUAUUCCAUAAAUAAUUCUCAUUUUUUCUGAUACAUAAACAAUUAUAUAUUAAAAUUUCAUAUCAAUGAAAGAAAUAAUAUUUGUUUGCAAAUCAAAAUACAUUCCUAAAAUAAUUUAAAACUCAUCCAGUGUUUAUUUUCUGACAAAAAAUAUGAAAUGAAUUUUAUUUAUAAACUAUGAUAAAUAUUUGUUUUCUAAUGUAAUCUAUACAUAUAUAUUAAAUUAUAUGAAUUACAUAUUAUUUAAUUUUCAACAAAAGUAAAAGAAUAAUUACAGAAUUUAUUAAAUGUGUAAUCAUAUUAACAAACUGACAAUUUAAAAGUUGCAAACAAUUUCACAAUUUUUUUUAAAUAAUAAAUUUCAAAAUGAGUCAUUUCAAUUAGUUUAUUAUUUUUAUUCUAAAAAUAAUUUGCAAAGAAUAAAAGAUUUUUUUAUUAAAUUAUUUAAAUAUCAAAUUUUUUAUUUUAUUUAACCUAUUUAAAUAAAAUAAUUUAAAUUUUGGUAUUCUAAUUUCAACUUGUAUUAUAAUUUUCCUAAUAAAUACAAGUAAAUAUAAAUAUCGUAAUUUAGUUGAAAAUUAGCUUAUAAGCUUAUUUCGCUUAUAAUAAAAAAGUUUGGUUUGUUUUAAAUAAUUUAGAUUAAAAAACAAUUUAGAUUAAAUUAUGUUUAAUGAAAAAUAUAUAUUAUUCUUCAAUUAUUAAAAUUGUCAUUUUUUAAUAAUUCUUUUAUUAAUAGCAUAGAGUGCAAUUUAUAAAUAUUUUUUUUUUGAAAAUAUAUAAUAAUUUUACGUACAAAAAAAUACUGGUGAGUAAAAAAUAUCAAAUGCUAUUCGCAAUAACAAUGAAAGAAAAUACUGCGUUCACAGUUUUAUUUUAAUAAAAAAUUGCAUAUCAAAAGAUAGAAGUUUAUGUGUAAUUACAAUAAAAUAUCUUUAGAUAAUACGGAAAAUGUGAAAUUAAAAGCAAUCUAUUGUAUAUUAUAUGAAUAUGAUCAAUUGAUUUAUAAUAUUAAACACAAAACUAGUACUGUAUCAUCAUUAAUCCUCUUUAGCUAUUAUCUAGUACAAAUUGUUUUCGUAUAUAAAGUAUGAUACAAUCAGAAUAACUGUGUAAUAUUAUUUUCUAUAUAAUAAAUAUUACAUAAAUAUAUAAA